AUGGCUGAGCCCUUCCACCCUCCCCUGCGCACCGCGUCUGGCACAAGCCCGUCCGAUCUCAACAACAACACGAUAAACAUCGACUCGUCGCCCAAGGGCCCCCACAGUCAAGUUUUAAGUUCACUCCCGACUCCCUUUCCGCUACCCAGCGGCACUCUUCCAACAACGAGCUCUAGCUCCAAGAACAGCGUCCCCACGCUCAAUAAGAACGAGACGGUUCAGCCGACCCUUCUCCACAACCAAACCUCCAACAACCCAUCCGAAAUGAUCGUCGACGACAUCUUUUCGUCCAACGCGCUCCCCGCCUUUGACUGGGACCAGUUCCUGGUUGGCGACGCGGACCGAGCUGCCGUUGAAGUUGCCACGGCUCUUGACAAGGGUGGCCUCGCGGCUACCCUGCAGUCGUCGCAGCCCAACACCCCAGCCUCCGACUUUGACGGUGCCACCCCCAAGUCCACCGAGUCCGAGUCGAGCAAGGGUCUCGAUGUGUCCGAGUUCUUCUCGUUUGACGAGCUCGACCACUUCGCGGCCCCUGCCGGUAUCACCCACGACCCUAGCGACCUUCUCUCGUCGUUCACCGCCUCCACCCCCGUUGUCCCCGACUCGUCCAUGGCUGCCGACCCCACCAUGCUCAGCACCUUUGGCUCGACUCUGGGCAACUUUGGCAACCUUGCCUCGCUCGGUAGCGACGCCGUGUCCCAGCUGCAGCUAGGCAACCUCCUUGAGCAGCUCACUGGUACUGCUCCUACCCCUGCUCCCGCCACACUGGCACCCUCUGGCCUCUCCGAGGUGUACGCCUCGCUUGGCUGGCCCCUCACAGGCCCUGUCAAGGAGGAGUCUUCCGCCGCUUCUUCGCCUGCCCUCUCCUCGAUGGCCAUGAAGCGCAAGGCUUCUGACUCGUCCGACGACAUGUCGUCUGCCAAGCGCUCUCGCGGCCGCCCGGCAUCGUCGACUCCCGUCGCCAAGCGCCCUUACCGUCGUCAGUCCAAGAACGGCCUUAGCCUUUCUCAGCUGGCUGCUGCUGCGGCCACUGGUGCCCCAAUCAUCGACGAGAAGCGUGCCAUGUCCCCCACCCCGGAGGUUGAGGACGACGACGAGGCCCCCGUCCGUCUCACUGCCACUGGCAAGCCCUCGACCGCGCGCCCCAAGGCCGUCGUCCCGGAGAAGUACAUGAAGAAUGGCGAGGCUCAGGCCAUCACUGGCAUGACCACCGAGCAGAUUCUGUCUUUCCCCAACUGGUCGACCCUCAUGGAGUGCGUCGACGAGGCUCACCGUGCUGGCGCCGAGGUCUUCGGCAAGAUGAUCUCGGAGAACCGUGACAAGGCUAAGUGGGCUGCCAAGAAGUCGCGUGACGAGCGCAAGGCCAAGGUCGAGUCCCUCGAGGGACAGGUCGACGACCUCCAGGGCAAGAUCGCAGAGAUGCGUGGCCUCCUCCUUGGUCUCGUUGGCCGCGGCCUCGUCUCGCUGGCCGACGUCGAGACCUACAUCUAA